AGUGACGGCCAUAUUUGCCGGUGCUGCUCUGCUGUAAACAAAAAGUGUCUGAGGGAGACAGAGACGCUUCAUUGGAUUUUAGGACGAUUUUUAUUUCUUUAAUUUAUAAUGUCUUUAGGAAUGUCUUACAAGCCCAACCUCCAUCAGCAUGUUCUCGGAACUUCCGUGAACCAAGUUGCUGUUGUUCACUCUACUUCAACAAGCAUAUCAACACUGCAAUCUUACAGGCCAGUAGUGAAUGACUAUGGACCACCAUCUUUCAGCUUUUCACAGAGUUCAAGUGGAAGUCAAGUGCCUCAGAGUAAAUAUGCAGAACUGCUAUCCAUUAUUGAAGAGCUUGGGAAGGAGAUAAGACCAACUUAUGCUGGGAGCAAAAGUGCCAUGGAGAGACUAAAGCGAGGUAUCAUUCAUGCCAGGGGGCUUGUACGUGAAUGCUUGGCAGAAACAGAGAGAAAUGCAAGAUCCUAACAGGCAAAGUGCAAUGUUAUUGAAUUGGACCAACUCUCCAGACUGAAGAUCUACAAGACGAAGCUCUUAGUCAAUACUUUUAUUGGACCAAUAAAAACGAAACUUUUACUUUAUUUUUUAACAGCGAUGGCACAUUGUGCUUUGACCAAAAAAGUGACCUAUGAGCUGUACUUGACAUGAAUUUCCUGGUUUUAUUUGUGCUCCCCUUGGAAAUGCCUAAUUUCAAUAUUGUAUGAAUAAAAAUAAAAAUAAAAACAAAAUGCA